AUGGUGCCUGGUCUGGUCAACGAGACGCAGAAUCCUUCGGGAAUUCCAGUGUCCAAGAAAGAUGUAAUCAGUACGGAAGACCUGAUCGAGAGAGAGAAGCCUUCACAUGAUCUGGUGUUGAAGUCGUUUCGUCUACUCAUUGCGGACCUCUGCCAACAAUUUGGAGGAGGCCAUCCGGGAGGUGCCAUUGGCAUGGCAGCAAUUGGCAUUGCAUUAUGGAAAUAUGUUAUGCGAUAUGCGCCGCAUUCUCCAGAUUAUUUUAACCGUGACAGAUUCGUUCUUUCAAACGGUCACACAUGCCUCUUCCAAUACACAUUCCUCCACCUCACAGGGUACAAGGCCAUGACAUUUGACCAACUCAAGUCGUACCACUCGCAACGACACGACGGACUGUGCCCCGGCCACCCUGAAAUCGAGCACGAGGGUAUCGAGGUGACGACGGGACCGCUAGGCCAAGGCAUUGCCAACGCCGUCGGUCUCGCCAUGGCGACCAAACAUCUUGCCGCUACAUUUAACAGACCUGGAUACGAUGUCGUUUCAAACCACACCUGGUGCAUGAUUGGCGACGCCUGUCUUCAGGAGGGUGUCGGUUUGGAGGCAUUGUCACUAGCUGGACAUUUGCAACUCAACAACCUGACUGUCAUGUAUGACAACAACCAGAUUACCUGCGAUGGAUCAGUCGACUUGACCAACACGGAAGACAUCAAUGCCAAGAUGCGAGCGACAGGCUGGAAUGUCGUUGACAUAAUCGACGGCUGCUUCGAUAUUGCGGGCAUUGCCGAUGCAAUGGAAAAGUCAAAGAAGUCGGAUAAACCCACAUUUAUCAACAUUCGGACCAUCAUUGGCCUCGGCUCCAAGGUGCAGGGCAUGGCUGAUGCACAUGGAGCUGCGUUUGGAGUGGAAGAUGUUGCCAAUAUGAAACGUGCCCACGGCUUUAGCCCGGAUGAGCAUUUUGCCAUUGCCCAGCCAGUACGUGACUUUUUCGAAGGGCUGCCAUCAAGAGGAGAGCAAUAUGUCCAGGCAUGGAAUGAGCUCGUUGAAGACUACACCAAGGAGUAUCCAGAGCUGGCUGCUCGGUUCCACAAGAGAAUGAGAGGAGAGAUUACCGGAUGGGAGCAGCUCAUCCCCAAGAGUUUCCCGGAGAAGGAGACUGCAUCUCGUGCUGCAUCUGGCUUGGUGUUCAACCCCGUUGCUGAGAAGAUUGACUCUUUCAUGGUGGGAACUGCAGAUUUGUCUCCAUCCGUAAACAUGAUCUGGCCAGGAAAGGAGGAUUUCCAAAACCCAAACAUCAACACAGCCUGUGGUAUCAACGGAACAUAUGCCGGUCGUUAUAUACACUUUGGUGUUCGCGAACACGUCAUGUGCGCUGUAUCGAACGGCCUUGCCGCCUAUAACCCCGGCACCAUCAUCCCCGUGACAUCGUCAUUCUUCAUGUUCUACUUGUACGCAGCGCCCGCCGUCCGUAUGGGCGCACUCCAGCACCUGCAGGUCAUUCACCACGCCACGCACGACUCGAUUGGUAUGGGUGAGGACGGCCCCACGCACCAGCCCAUCGAGAACGCCGUGUACUUCCGCUCCCUGCCCAACUUUCUAUACAUUCGUCCCGGAGACAGCGAGGAAACUGCCGGUGCAUGGACUGCGGCUAUCAAGGCCAAGGGCACGCCGUCCAUGGUCUCUACGAGCCGGCACAAGCUCCCUCAGCUCAAGCAGACCCGACGCGAUGGUGUCCUAAAGGGCGCCUACGUCCUCGAGGAAAACGAACAUGCCCAGUUGACCCUCAUCGGCGUCGGUGCCGAGCUCUCACAUGCAUUGGGUGUCGCCAAGAGGCUCAAGGAGCGCGGCGUCGAGACCAGAGUGGUCAGCUUCCCCAGCUGGAGGCUCUUUGAGCAACAGUCGCGCGAGUACAGGCGAGAGACGCUGAGGCGGCACCGCAUCCCUGCCGUCGUCAUUGAGCCCUAUGCCCCCAACGGCUGGGAGAGGUACGCGAACGCGGCGGUGUGCAUGAUACGGUUUGGUCACAGUCUACCUGGUACGUCGGUAUACAAGUACUUUGGCUUCGACGAAGAGUCCUUGACAAACAAGGUCCUGUCGUAUCUGGAUAAUCUUAAGGAGGACGAAUUGCUCCGCCAUGAAUUUGUUGAAUUGUAG